AUGGACACACUGGUUUCAAUAUUAGUGUUGCUCUUUAUACUAUUGAUAUUUUGUCAUUUCAGUAGCCGAUUUUGUGAUGCUAAACUGGCAGAAAGCAGUAAGAAGGCGUGCGGCCAAGGGUACUUUUACGACAGUGAUAUCAACGUGUGUAUCUCGUGUAUCUUUGCUUGCAAAAUAAAUAAAAGAAAAUGCAGGAGCCAUGGUUGUGUUGGUACCCUAUCUGCACCAAACAAACUCGAAGUAGUCAAUUCAACUGCUGUGGCAGCGACUGUUGAGUGGAUCUCAGAUGGCUAUUCGGAACAGAAAUUUUACGUCCAGUACAAGAAGCGUGCAUUGAAAUGGGAUGUUGUCUCAGAAGUCCCUCAAGGAGGAAUACCUGAUCCAGGUCAAAAGAAGACAGUCCGCUACAAGGUUACGGGUCUGGAGUCAAAUGUCUUUUAUGCGUUUCGGGUGCGCAGCGACAAUUCUCAUCCAGGGUCUCAUGAGAGUGUUUUCAGCAAUGUGGCAUAUGUAACAACACCAGUUGCUCCCAAAACCUCCGUCACUGCUGUCCGGAUACACAACAACGUCACGAUACGAUGGGAGCAAGUGAUUGGACAAUAUACAGUGAUAAAGGUCAAAUACUGCAUACUCGGCACAGAAUCCUGCGUGAAUUACAUCGCACCGAAACCUGAAGAUAACUUCGUAACAUUGGUCUUGGAUCCUGACAAAAUAUAUUAUUAUUAUGUGAUAAUUGAAGACAGUGGCGAUGUUGUCUACAUGAGCAACCGUCUGGUUGUCAAGGACAUCGGUACCAGUGCGGUGAUGAGGAACACAUCGGUUGGUCUGUUUGGAGCAGUAUUAGUAAUUGGAGUAGUUGUCACCGUAGCUGUUCAGAGGAAACGUAGACAACGCAAGAAGAGGCAGAAUCGUCGACCUGCAAAUGAAGAAGGUGACACUAUUCCACUGAUGCAUUGCCAUGCUAGUGACGCAGACGACAAUUGUUCUGGUUCAGCUCCCAUGCGUGUUCUCAAUCCACCAGACAUGACAGUCCGUUCGAGACAACGAUUGAGCAUCAUGACACAAUCGUAUCCUUCGCCAUUUUCGCCUAGGAAAUCAGAGAGAUCGCUCAUAGCCCGCAAAUAUUCCCUCUAAACAUAGCCGUGGUAUAUCCUAUGAAAUAUUCCAUCACCGUAAUUUCUGUUUUUUCCAGUUUCAAGCGCACCUGAACUUAGCGUGCCUUGCAUACAACAGUGCUUAGGUAGCCAGUAACACAUGUCAGUUCCUAUGCUAGUAUACCAAAUUAGGCUAACGCUAUCAGUUAGUAUACACCGUAUGUUCAGGGUUCAGAUGUUAGGCCAUUGUGUUAUGCAAACUCACAACAGGUGCGAUGUUCAGAUUGAAAGACAAUGAAGUUACUAAAGUGAGCUAAAGAUAGAUGGGAUUCAUGGAUGGGGUGGCCCUAUUUUGGGAUACGGGUGUAGCAAUAGCACAAUUUUAGGGAGAUGUCUUAUGGUAUACGGUAAAAAAGGUACAGGAAAAAAAGGUACGGAAAUAAAGGUACUGAAAUAAAAGUACAGGAAAUAAAAGUACUGGAAAUAAAGGUACCGGAAAAAAAGAUACCGGAAAAAAGGUACACAAAAUGGCAUAAAUAGGUAAAAAAAGGACACAAUUUUUUAAAAGAAUAUUAUUCUCUUCAACUGGUUCAGACUCGGCCUAUGUCUUAAUCUUUUCUUGCCCAUUUUUCUUCUUCUGUGACUAAGGUGGUGCCUUAAAAUAGUUUAAUACAUUGCGGACAAUUUUGUUACGGAAUGAAUUUGGGGAAAAUUCAUAGAAGAAUUUGCCCAACAGGGGAGCUGACUUUUUUUUGGUAAUAACCAUUUUGUGUUCUUUUAAAUUUUAAAAU